AUGAGCAUUCCUCUCGCUGCCAAAGACCCUCAAGGAUCCCUACCGCCAUCGCAGGUGCCGGGCGCGGAGGCGGUAGAGGGAGGCGAAGUGGACCCGGAGAAGGCGGCGAGACCCGGAGAGGCGGACCAAGUCCAAGAGCUCAGAUACAUUUGGGUCACCCAGCCUACCAUGGAACCCUUGGAGGAGAGUAUGGUAGAGCUACCGGACAGAGGGGAACGGCGAGGCGGGAAUGAUGCGGAGGAGAAGGAGGUCGUACAAGACGAGGGGAGGCCGGAAGUGGCUGUCGAUGCCUCAGCAGCGAUCAGCAAUACAGAGGUGGAGAUGGGGGAUCUGGGUGGGAGCAUCCUCAAAGCAGCUGAGAUACGGCAGGAUUGCGGGAGAGGGGGAGGAGCGGAGCUGCCGAGUGAGAUUGACGGUGGAGUCGCAGAGAAGGGCGACGAAGAUCGGCAAGAAGCUAGCGACCCGCUCGUCGGCGGUCCGGCGACGUCAGAUCCAGCGUCGGAAGCGAUCUCGGACCAGGUCGAUAUCGCCCUCCCCUUCCAGUCGACAUCGCCACCGCCACCGCCACUUCCAAAUUCCCUUCCGAUGCCAUCUUCUCCUCAACCCAUAUCCGCCGAGUCCCACUCCACGGAGAGCGGCUUGGCCGCCGUCGUUGCCGCACCGAACCUCUCGGAUGCGAAUGCCCCUACCGCAGCUCAGCGGGCAGCAUUGUCUAUCUCUAGCAGUCUUUCGGCCGAUCAACCUGCAGCGGUUGCGUCCCCGGUCAUAGCGACAAACGAUCCUGCUACGGAAUCGCCCGAAAUCCUUCCGCCGCCCGCUACAGAGCAUCUUCAUGAUUCUAUCUUGACUCCUACCGUACACAGGGACUCGUUGGAGAUCCAUGAUGCGCCAAAUCCUCCGCCUGACAUCUCGCCACCUCCCCGGCCCACCUUCUCCACUUCGGCUUCACACGCGCCUAUGUCGCUCGCAAACGGUCUCAAGCGCAAAGACCACAUGAACGACCUCUUCUCCUCCCUCGCGCCUGUCAAGCGAAAGAAGGUCGAGCUCGCUCCUGCUCCCCGCCGACCUCAGCGAGACAUCGAGCGAGCAGACAGCCUGGAGCUGCCGGACGUUACGGUCGACCAUGGCGAGCCCGACCUCGAGUACGGGUACGAGGGAGGCGAACCUGAUUCCGUCGAAUCUGCCGGCUCUCCUAUAUAUGAAACGGCCAAAGGUUCGCCGGUGGUGGAGGCUCGAGAGGUCGGCAGCGGAGUCGUGGCGGAGGAGGACGCGCAAAAGGGGCAGUGGCGGGUCGGCAAACGGCCGGGGCAUCAGGGGUCGCAUAUCCGUCGACCCGAAGCGGAGGAGGGAACCUCAGAGGCGGAGACGGGACCUGGGAAGAGGGGUCAGAAGCGAUCUUUGAGCCAGAGCAUCACCGACUCUGCCGAAAAGGUCCUCAAGAAGCCAUUCCGCCUCCCCGCUCGCGUUACCCUCAAGCCGCUAGUCAAGCCGCGGGAGCGGACGCCUCCCACCCCUCCUCACACCUCCUCCGACUCAUUCUCACCGCCGCAUAACACUGUCGACACCGAUGUCGGUUCAUCACCCAUCAAGAACCCAUUCAGCAAGAAGACGCCGAACGCUAAGCUCAGCUCGAAACCAUUCGCUAUCCCUCGCAAGAUUGAUAAACCGCCUUCUAGCCCUCCCGGUAUUCCCCCUACCCCACCUUCAACCUCUAGUCUCGCGAGCACUAGCACCGCCACUCCCGCAAGCCUUGGUUCCCACACAACAUCCUCGCCAUUCAAAGCCAGUCCCACCUACUCCAAGCGCCUCUCGAGACCUUUCAAGACCCCCUUCUCGCGCUCCGCCGCCCCGUCUCCCGCGUCCCUCUCGCAUCGCUCGGCGGCACGGACGACGCGCGAUCUCCUGCUCGAGCUGGAGAAGGAAGAGCGGACGCUUCGGAAUGCGAUCAAGUAUUAUACCCAGCCGGAAGAGGACGAGCGGCUCGUCGAGUUGAUCAGUAUCUGGCGGACCGCGGGUCAGACGGUCGCGGAGUUGUUGUUUGAUAUCCAGCCGAGACCGGAUGAUCAAGCGGGAGAAGGCGGUGGGGGGAUAGGCGGGAUGGGGAUGCCGGGUAUGGGGGGUGGCGGUGGAGGAGGCGGUGCAGGCUCAUUUUUUGGGAACGAUAAGCCAUUCUUUUCGCCCAUGGAGGAGUUUACGCCUGAGCAGCUCAGGGCGCUAGCGCGGAUGCCGACCAACCAGGAUGGGGAUCCGGUGGAUGAUGAAGGCAAUCCUAUAUUUGGGGGUGGUGGGGACCUGGCGGCCGAGCCUGAUUUUGGGGGAGCGAGGCGAGAUGAGGGAUCGGUCAGAGACGGGGAUGACGAAUCGCGAGAGGACGGGGCGAUCAAGGCGGCGGCGGCGAGUGAGGACUGGACGAUCGGGACUAUGCUAGCGAGGAUGGGGGUCGAGCCGGGGAUGUACGCGUGGGACGCGGACGCAGAGGACUGGGGCGUUCCAGAGGAGGAUUAA